AGGAAGCAUCCUGUUUGAUAGGGGACAUCAAGGCACAUAGAUAACAAUUAACAAAAUUCAGUUUCCUUCAAACCAGUGUAGCAUUAUUGGUUUUAAGAUCUGCUUUUCUUCAAUUCUCAAAUUUUACACUAAUUAUGACGGUUGUUCUAAUACUUGUCCUCACUCUGCUGAAUGAGUGCUUUGGACAAAUAAUCGAUAUUGGCGAUAUUUGGGAAGUAAAAUGUCCACCAGGAUGUUCAUGUGAGGUACAGAAAUUUGCUGAUUUACCAUUACACCGAUGGAUUAGAACAAAUCCAGAUCAGAACUUGACAAAAGAUGAUAAUUUUGAACUUGUAUUAAAUAUGGACCAUUCUAUAAUUCCCGAAUUUUUAAAAGUAGCAAUUUGCGUUGUUGCUGAAGACUAUGAAGAACUUUUGGAUAAACUUCCAUCAGAUAUUCAGGUGUUUACAAUUCUUCAAUCUGGCAUGGGAGACUUUGAAAUUCUUUUACAGUCUACAACAUUUCAACGUUUUACAGAUUUAAUGUCUCUAGACAUUCAAGGCAUAGAUUACAAUGAAUUAAUGAAAAAAAAUCUGAAUAGUGAAGAAGGAAAACAGAGAGGAAUUAUUUUGUCUGUUGAUUCAUUAUAUCCAUUAGGACUAAAUCUACUUUAUUUAAAUUUAGAACGAGUAAAAUUGACCAGUUUGAGUCCAACAAGAAAAAACAAAGCUAAUCUUGUAGUUAAACCAAUGAAUACAGUUACCAGUGAUGAAAAUAGAAAUAAUCAAUUAUUAAAUAAUAAGGGUACAGGACAUAGACUGAUAUUUUUAAGUCAACAAAAUAGUGGAGAAAGUGAUGACAAGGAAAUACUUCCUUAUGAUGUGUAUAAACAAGAAAUGGAGGGAUACAGGGAAACUGUUGGACUUUUUACUGGUUUAGGAGCUUUAACUCAUUUAAGAGUUUAUGAUUGUGAUUUGAAAGACAUAUCAUGGCAUAUGUUUGAUGGUUUAAACAGUCUAGUCCAUCUUUCAUUAGAGAAGAAUAGUUUGAAAUUCAUACCAGAAUUUUGUUUUUAUGGUACUCCAAAUUUAAAAGUACUAUCACUUGCAAGUAAUCAGUUGUUAACACUUAAAAGUGUAGACUUAGCUGGCUUACUGAUGCUUGAAGAUCUUGAUUUAAGGGGAAAUAAUCUAACUUUUUUAUCAGAAUUAUCUUUCCCCCCUUUUCCAAUGUUAAAGAUUGCAGAUUUUCGAGAAAAUCCCUUAGAUUCCAUAUUCCCAAGUACUUUUGAAAUCAUGAAUACAACAUUGAAGCUCUACCUAGGAGGUGAAGAUUCAAAAUUAUAUCUACAAAAGAAUUCUUUUCUAGGAUUAUCACAACUUCAAAUCUUGUAUUUGUAUAAUUUGGAAAUACCAGUGUUAGAACGUUUUGUAUUUCAAGGAAUGCCAGAGUUAUUGAAAUUAAAAGCACGUGGGAAUAUUUCAAGUAUUGAAUUUGAUGCAUUUGUAGACUUAAUCAAAUUAGUAGAUCUUGAUCUAAGUCACUGUCAUAUUCGUAAAAUAUCUAUGGAUGCAUUUUAUGGAUUACAAAAUGUUAAACGCAUAGAUUUGUCAAACAAUGAAUUAGAAUUCAUUUCACCGGGUUUAUUUGGAGUGCAACAACAAAAACAACUUAGAGAAAUUAUCCUUUCAAAGAAUAAAUUGACAUCACUACCUGUAGAUUUUUUCAAAAUUCUUCGGAUUUCAAACAAACAAUCACAUUUUGCAAGUGUAAGAUUAGAUGGUAAUCCAUGGGAUUGUACUUGUUCAAUGGCUACUUGGAAUCCUCAUUUCAUAAAUAGAUUACGAGAAACAGCACCAAGGUGUUCAACACCCAAAAAGCUGAAAAAUUGGGGAAUUUUUCAUGCACUACGCAAAGGUGGUUUACAAUGCAGAACCUUAAGGAGAAGACAUUUGAAGAAGUCCACAAUGGGAAAAAAUAACUAUGAAGAUAAUAUCAUCAGUUAG